AUGUCAAACGCACGGGCCUUCCCCAGAAACUCUCCGACAACAGCUUCGUUCCCAACUCUCUCACUCUGCAUCAACCAAUUCAACCUCGACAGCAUGGGCCUCGAGGAUUUCGAAAAGGAGCUAGCCGCAAACAGCGCCAAAGAAGCUCGGAGUCGGGACAAGCACAGUCACCGGUCUAAGGACAAGGAUAGAGAACAUCGCCACAGACACGGUCACUCAUCGCGACACCACCGCCACGACGAAAGAGACGAUAGGCACGGAUCAAAGCGGUCGCGCCAUCAUCGCGAAACCUCGGAAGAACGCGCGCGCCGAAAACGACGAGAGCGACACGACAGGGACGAAGGCGACGAGGACCGAUCAAGCAGAAGGCAUAGGCACAAGCGGGAUUCAUCCGUAGCAUCGAGCGAUGAUGAUGACCGUUUGACGAAGAAGCGCAAAUCACGGCAUGAGCUUGUCGAAGAAGAUUCCGCGUCCGACGACGCACCCACUGGGAAGGACUAUGUGCCACCGGAUGAUGACUUUUUGGAUCACCAGCUCGAGGAAGCGGCAAAUGCCAAUCUGGAGCGCGAUGACUGGAUGAAAGCGCCAUCCUCUAUGGACGUGGAUUAUGUUCAGCGAAAUAGGAAGGAGACAGAGGAGAAAGGCCAGUGGGUCGCAUCAACCGGGCCGAAGCACAAGUUGCUGGUACAUGAAGCCGAAUUGAAUAAAUACUUGAAGGGCGAACUUCAUCAUGAACAAAUCGAGGAAGAGCCCGAGGAGCGCGAGGUAUCAUACACAUUCGGAGACUCGGGAUCCAAAUGGCGUAUGACGAAACUGAAAGGUGUUUAUCGGAUUGCCGAGGACGAAAAUCGCCCGGUCGAAGAAGUUGCACUUGAAAAGUACGGCGAUCUCCGAGAUUUUGAUGAUGCGCGCGAGGAAGAGAUUGAGGUAGACCGCAUGAAGACAUACGGAAAGGCUUAUGUGGGCAAGCAGAAACCUUCUGGGGAGCUCUACCAGGAGAGGAGACUGGAUGCAGGUAUUCACAGACCUGCUCGGCAGACGGAAGAUGAUGAAGAUCUCCCACAGGGAAACGCUGUGCCGAAUCCACAGCCGACCACCAAAUUAACCGUGUCCGAAUUGAACAAGCUCAAGGCCCAGAUGUUGAAAGCAAAAAUGAAGGGUGCGGCAAAUGCUUCUGAACUUGAGGCACAGUACAACACCGCUCUAGCUGGUGGGGUAGCGAAUGAGUCAGAUGUCGUGGUUCUCAACGCAAUGGACAACCGAAUGCUUGCAGGGGGCAGGCAGGGCGAGGUCACGGAAUUGACCAACAAGAGAGGCAGGGAACGCGGAUUGGUUGUGGAGAAUGAGGACAUGAGCAUUGAAGACAUGGUCAGGCAAGAAAGGCGAACAAAGGGUCAAGCAGGCGGCGAGGGCAAGUUGCUGGCUGAGAAGAUUGCCAAAGACUCCAAAUUUGACAACGACUUGGAUUAUCUGGAUGAGAACGCUACCAAACUUGCUACUCGCGCUCCCAAAUCAACCGUUAACCUCCGCAAUACGGCUAUCCAAGAUUACCAGCGUACCAAUCGCAUUCUCGACACCUGUCCGCUCUGCCAUCACGAAGACAAAUCCCCUCCUCAGCCGCCAGUAGCUCCUAUAGUGUCUCUGGCCACACGCGUGUUCCUCACGUUACCCACCGAACCGGAAAUCAGCGAUGGUGGCGCCGUUAUCGUCCCGAUCCAGCAUCGAAACAAUCUUCUCGAAUGCGACGAUGAUGAAUGGGAAGAGAUCCGCAAUUUCAUGAAGUGUCUUAUGCGGAUGUAUCACGAGCAAGGUCGCGAUGUUAUCUUCUACGAAAAUGCCGCUAAUCCCCGCCGCAAGUUGCACGCUGCCAUGAACGUUGUUCCGAUUCCCUUUGAACUCGGCGAAACUGCCCCUGCAUUUUUUCGCGAGGCAAUCCUUACGUCUGAUAGCGAGUGGUCACAGCACAAACCCAUCAUCGAUACGCUGAAAGCAUCGCGAAAUGGCCAUGGAAAAGCUGCGUUUCGGAGGAACCUAGCUAAGGAAAUGCCGUAUUUUCAUGUGUGGUUCGAGCUUGAUGGUGGCAUGGGUCACAUUAUCGAAGAUGAUCGGAGGUGGCCGAAGAGCGACUUGUUCGCUAGGGAAGUUUUGGGCGGGAUGUUGGACGCUAGUCUUGAGGUGAUUAAGAGACAAGGUAGAUGGGUGAAAGGAGACAGAAGAGUCGAGAAAUGGAGGAAAGGAUGGAAGAAACAUGACUGGACGAGCAUGUUGACUGAAUCGUGA